AGAGUCGACAGCGUUGGCUUGAGGCUCUGAGGGUGGAUGACAGAGAAACCAGGGCGACUCCUGACAGACACGAAGAACGUGAGUAGAGGCUGACUUAAGCUGAACGUAAGCUGUUAUUAAGCAGUGGCAUAACUGGAGGAUCGGCUGUGGUGUAUUUUAUAGCACUGGUUAUUCCCAGUAACCACAGCAGGUCUUUUGCUUUGUUCUCUCAUAACUCAGGAGCAGAAGGGGAGACGUUUGUGGGUUUCUUUUGUUGCUUGUGCAGUCAUCUCGUCAAUAAUUCGCCGUCAUACUGGGUUUGAAGCGUGCCUCUGAAAUAUCUCUGAUUGGACGGCCGUGCUCUGUCGCAUCACGAAUCUGAUCUACCCCUAGAUGUGAAUGUGCAAAACAAACGGGCGAGGGCUCGAUGUUCGGGGCGAGGGGUGUCCAGGGAUUGGGUCAAUGUCUUGAAUUUCUCGUUGUCUCAUUUUAUUAUCCGUCCACAUCGAGCACAGAGCUGGAUGUGUCUGAGGACAGCAGAGACGAGAGAGUGGAUGAAGAGGAUCAGCUGAGUCCUGUUGGUCCGGAGAGUUCGAAGCAGCAGCAGCCUGAGUGUGAAGAGUUUCAGGACAAUCUGAAGUUCACACCUGAACUGCUGAUUGAGUCUGGAAAGACUACCUACAGGUUCAGGUGUCCUCGUCCAGGUGUGUUCCAGUGUCUCAGGACUAAUCUGGUGUUUGAUAUGGCUCAGAGUGCGGAGCUGCUGUACAGUAUUGUCCAAUGGGAUGAGAGCCUCCUCGGAUCAGCCGGCAAGAUGGCUGCGGGGCCGCUGUUCAAUAUCACCUGUUCUGAGGAUGCUGCCGUCAGUCACCUCCACCUCCCUCACUGUGAAACCACGGAUGCUGGGAUCACUGAGGGCCAUUUGUCUGUCGCCCACAUCGCUGACGAUGAAAUGAGCAUCCUCACGCCACUGAAGAUUACAGACACUCAUGUGGUUGUCAGUGUCCCUCACUUCUCUGUCUUUGGCCUUGUCAUGGAUUUCGUAAGGUGGAUUUUGAAAAUGCCAUUUAAUGGCCAAGUUCUGCUCUUCCUCGGACAGCCAAACCCCAAAACACGGAGGAAAAAUCUGUAUGUGCUUCUCCUGCCAAGUAACAUCCCUCUGGACCCGGUGAGCGCACAACAGCGAGGUUCUGUUAACAUCCAUGCUCCUUCCAAAUGUAAACUCAUCAAAGAUGAACGUUACACGAUCCACUGUCCUCAGGCCUCUAAAAUACAACCUGCAGAAGCAGAGUUUGACCUGGAGUUUGGACCAAAUUACCAUCCAACGUUUGAGAUCCGCCUGCCCACAACGACAGAUGAAGCGACCUUAAGAAUCCGAGACAAAAACCAGAGUGAAGUCUGGAUAUAUGAUGCAGAUCUGACUGGUACAAGAGGGACAGUUACCCGGAGGAACGUCCCAGCAGAGGACAGCAGCGUUGUAGAAGACAGCGUCCUAGCAGAGGACAGCGUCCCAGCAGCCCACAGCAGUCCAGCAGAGAAACAGCAGCUUGAAUUUCGGACACAGUUUAUACAAAGAACAUCUCAACCUGUUCUGGACCAGCUUCUGGAUAAACUCCUCGAGGAUCGAGUUAUCAAUGAUGCUGAAAUGCAGUCAAUCAAAAUAAAAGCCGGAGAAGAAAAAGCACGAGAAUUGUUCGACACAGUGCGGAACAAGGGACGUGAAUCCGUGUCAGUCCUGAUGAAUGCUCUUCGUGAGGCGGAUCCGUGGCUUUACAGCGCGCUGAGAUGGAGCUGAAUAACAAGAGCCUGACGGGUGAUUAUGAAUCUCAGCUCAAUCUCAACGUCACUUAUUGGCAUCUUUAAAUUAGGUUUGCCAUGAAAGCCUGUUGUAAGUGGACUUUUGCUCUGAAAGUGAUUCAGUCCAGUGAAGACGCGAGAGAGGAAGAAGAAAAGGAACUUUUAAGUGUGUUUCUGUGUCACAACACUUGUGCUCUCUGCUGUGAGGCAAUAAAGGUUUUGAAUUUGAAUCAUGAACACUUUGUCAACAUCUGAAGAUAUGUGUUUCAUUUCAAAGUUUUUUUUGUUUUCUUGAAAUUAACGUUUAUAUUACGUUUAUAUUAGCACCUGAAAAUGUACAGAGGAUCACAAGUGUCAGAAAUGGUAAUGGAACAUUUAACUAAUAAGUAAUAGUACAUUCAAAUAGCCAUUCAUAUUUUUUUUGUAAAUGUAUAUAUUGAUCUAUAAAGAAAUAGACGACAUUUAAGAAGUAAUGACUAAAUGAUAAAUGAUG